AUGUACAGGUGCACAGACUACCGUAGUAUCGACAGGAUGUUCAAGAGCAGGAUUUUCCAGGGCGAUCUCAGCCCCGUCCCAAUUCCAGGCAGCCUGCAACAAUCCAGUCAGCAGGGCCAGCAGAGCGAGCAGGAACUGGCGACGAAAAUGUUGCAGAUUCAAAGCAAAAGAUUCUACCUUGAUGUAAAACAAAACAGGCGUGGAAGGUUUAUCAAAGUCGCCGAGAUUGGAGCUGAUGGAAGAAGAAGCCAAAUCUAUCUGGCACUCAGCACAGCAUCGGAAUUCCGGGACCACCUGUCGACGUUUAGCGAUUUUUACGCAUCUCUAGGUCCACCAAAUCCAGAGAACGUGCCAGACGAUGGAAAACUCAAGUCAGAGAUGAUGGUGAAGGAUAAUAGGCGAUAUUACUUGGACCUCAAGGAGAAUUCUCGCGGCCGUUUCCUGCGGGUGAGUCACCCUGUGUCGCAGACGAUAACGCGGGGAGGUCCUAGAACGCAAAUUGCGAUACCUGCUCAAGGUAUGAUAGAGUUUCGCGACGCGUUAACGGACCUUCUCGAGGAAUUUGGCACUGACGAUGGUGGCUUCAAAGGCGACCUGCCGGAGGGCCGUUACAUGCGCGUGGAUAGCAAGAAUUUCUAUUUUGAUAUCGGCCAGAACAACCGUGGCAUCUACAUGAGAAUUUCCGAGGUGAAAACGAACUUUAGGACAGCCAUCACCGUGCCAGAAAAGUCCUGGGCGCGUUUCCGUGAUAUCUUCGCAGACUACUGCGAGAAGAUGAAGGAGGGCGGCGGUGGUGUUAGCAGCAGCGGCGGCGGCGGCGGAAAUGUAUUGUCCGAGGGGAAGGGCUCGGUGGUGGCACAGGUACCAUCGCCAUCCUCGAACACACAGCCUAACCCCAAUCCAAAUUUAGACUCUCCCCUAAUCAAGUGAAAAAGGCUUUAACUUAACUCGAACAUUUGGGAAUUAUAACUCGUAAACUCGUUUUCAAGUCAUUAAGCGAAGUAAAGAACUUGUCAGAGUCUAUGCCAUCGUCAUCGUCAUACUAUUCAUCGGCUACGACAUCGACGUGGUCAUCGAUAUGAUCAUCGUCAUUGUCACACCGUCAUCGACACCAUCACUAUCACCGUCGCCGUCACCGAGAUACCGUCACCACCGUCACCGUCAUCGUCAUCGUCACCGUCACCGUCACAUCAUACCGUCAUAGGCGCCAUCAAGCGCGAACACCAAAAAACUCGCCUGAAAUACGGCCAUUAUAUCGCAAAGAGUAUCAGUCGAUUGUUGAGUAUAUAUUCAUAUAGCCACAGAUUUGAUAAAAAAAAAAGAAACUAAGACGGUGCGUGAUUAUGAAAUACGCAAUUAUCGGCGCGUCUCGCGAGAAGGCGAGGGAGACGGAUGGAAAGGGGGAGGGAUGAUGGAUGGUGUGUGUGUGUGCGAAGGGGGAAACGAGUCACUGCCGCUCGUGCGACUAACACAGAAUAGAUUAAAAAAAAGAACAAAAAAUAAAACACGCAACGACGGGAACGAGAGUAUAAUAAUUAUCGCGCGAUGUCUUUUUAGGCGAACACGAGUUGCCAUCGAUUGACGUUAUGAGUACUACCGUUCAUUUCCUGGCUUCCCGCGAACGCACGUUUAGUUGAUUAUUAUUAUUCGAUCAGUCAGUUUCGUCGUCACAUAAUUGAACUUUUCAUUCUUCUCUCAGACAUUAUCAGAUAUUUCGACGUGCAUGCACGCGCGUACUCGCGUUCUACUUCUCACGUGUGCGCGUUGUGGACGAACGAAGAAAUCUUGAACGGGAAAUGGACUGUAGUGUGGAUCACGUUACAAUUGAAUUUGAUCGUUCAGAAUUUAUGAAUAAAUAGUUGUUAUAUUAACGAUUAAAUAUCACGACAAAGUAGGAAGGGAAAAAACGUGUGGGUUGUCGCGAGAGAAAAAAAAAGAGAUAAAAAGGAAAAGGAAUCUAUAUCGUGUCUAAUAGGGAAUACGUAUUAGGAAAUACGUACGUCUUUCUUUUCGACUUAACGCCGAGGAAGCGAGUCGCCGAGAACCUUUGGCCGAACACACCCGUCGGGCAGGCUGACUGUAGAUAAAAAUGUAAGAGCGAGCUUGCCUCUUGCGACUUCGUUGCGUUUUCUCGACGGUGAGAGAGCGCGCGCGCGCUAUGCUACCGGUGAUUAAGUUGAACGAAAAACAACAAAAAAAAAAAACGGAAAAGUGGAUAAGAAGAUAUUCGUGUAUUAUCAUACAUUCGAAUAUUUAUAUUACUGUCUGUGCACCCGCGACAUCGCAUACACUCGUUUGAAAACUGAACGUCUCUAUUAAAAAAAAAAAUAAUUAUGAAAUAAUAUUUAACAUAGAUGUGAGCAGCGAAGGGAAGGAACACAAAAAGAGGAUGCUCUAGCUCCGACGAGCAGAAGAAAGAAACCAUAUUAAUACAUAUUAAUAUGUAUAUUAUACAGAGAGUUAAUUACGUUACGUUUUGUUUCAUCGAUUCGAUACGGACGAUGCGCCUGCAAUCAUACAUAAAAAGAUCGCGUAAAGUUACGCGUUUUUACGGAAUGCAAGAUACACACACGCACGCACAUAUACACACACACACACACAGGUACACGACACGCGCAUACACUUUGGACAGGAAAUUUUAACAUUCUCCACACCACGAUUGUGACACGUACGAGAUAUGUUCCAUCAUGAGAGGCAUGUUCGCGAAAGACGCACGGUACAAGAGACGGUGUGCACGUGUAAUUAAGUUACAUAAGUUUGAGCGAUGGCCGAGUUCUAACACAAUUGCAUAUUAGGUAUGUAUUAUACGAAUGCGUAAUAGGUAUUUAUAUAGAAUCUAUAUAACUGUAUAAUUGUGUAACGAAAUGCCAAUGUCCGCGGACCCAGACAACUGCGCAUAUCCGGCAACGUACGGUCAACGGUUAACUGAGGGACUCGUGUGUUGUCGGGGCCCGGCAGUCGUUUAGGCCCAGACGACACAGGAAGAAAGAUGAGACAAAACGAAUGGCAGAGAAAAGGAAGAAUAUAGAUUUCAAGACAGGUGACUUCUGAAAGCGAGAGAGAGAGAGAGAACAAGAGAGGAGAGUAACGCGCAAGUUGCGAGUUAAUCUCCCAGAGGAGACGGAAAUCUUGAUACGCUUUGAUUGUGCAACGCUGUGCUAAUAUCAAUACUUGAUAAAUAUCUAUCCAUUCUUAUUUGCGUUUCUUCCGACUGAAACGACGAAACCGACGUAAAUCUAUUAUUUCGCACUGGUGCGAGAUAAACGGUUGAGCGACGCGUAUAGAGAGAAAGAAAGAAGGAGAGAAAGGGAGAGAGAGAACGAGAGAAAGACACGUGUUAAGAGGUAUUUAAAUUGGGCGCGUUUGAUGGAGUGCGUGAUCAGCGCGCGUUCGCGAUAUUUUGUGAGAAUAAGUAAAAUUUUAUUCAUUUUCUAGUGACAAAACUUAGUAUCGUAUUUCGGUGAGAUAUUAUUUUUUUCAUUUGCAUUUCUUUCUUAAAAAACGAAAAAGCAAAAAAAAAACAAGUACAAUUUCGGCUGGUCUGAAUUUGCUUAGCUUAGUAGAUUUUGAUGAAUAUAAUGUGAAAUAUAAAUUACAAUAACAAAUUCGACUACGCACGAGUGAGCGAAACAUAUUGAGACGAGAACCCCGAUCCUCUUCUCUCGAGUUUAAGUAAAUUUUCUCUACUUAAUCCUUCUCGUUCUAUCGUCUUUUAAAAUGCACCAGCGAUUGUCCCGAUAUCGAUAUAUAUAUAUAUAUAUAUAUCACGCAUGUGUUAGCUAACGAGCGAAGGGCGAGAUACAUCUCGAGAUAGACCGUUGGCGAGCUUUUACACGUCCACCACAUUCACUACUCACCAUCGAACUUUUUGUUGAAUUAUUUAAGGAGUAGGGAGUGGUAAAAGAAACACCUAUACGGUAUAUGCACAAGCAUUGUAUAUUGUUCGAACCGAGCGUGGUAAACAGAAAAUGGCAAAGAAAAGGUAUAGAAAAUCGUUCACUGGCGCGGAUGGUAUGACAUUGUGAUCUAUUACAAAUUACAAAUCACAAAGCAUCCACAAGUAGUAGAUAUUUAAGAUAUAAAUACAUAUAUACGUCUAUGAUGACUAGAGAGAAAGAAAGAGCGCGAGAGAGAGAGAGAGUGAGGAGACACAUGUCUAACUAGAUAUACGCGCGACAAAAGCGCGUGCGAAAAAAUGCAUACAAAAACACAUUAUUGAAGAAGCGAGGACGACUACAAACGUACCUAACUAAAGCAAAACGCAGAGAGGUAGAGAGAGAGAAAGAGAGAGAAGCAGAUAUAAAGAAGACAAAAAUGAAGAGAUACCGUCUGACACACGUAAGAGAAUAAGCAAAGUAAUAUAAAAUGAAUGAAAGAAGAAAAAAAAACACGACACGCUCCUGCCACGCAGCGAGUCUUUAGACACAGCUUUAAGAUAAUAAUUAUAAAUGAUAAAAUAAUAAUUAUUAAAUAAUAACGAUAAACUUUCUAUAUGUUGAAUCGUGUCUAGUGAGAGAAGUACUAUCGAAGUAAAGCAACACACAAAAAAAAGAAUAAUACUAUUAUCGCCACACAUGAAUUUAAACGCAGUUUAUAUGACCAUUGAUUAGUUGUCUCUAUCGAAUGUUCUUUCUUUUUUUUUCGUAAUAUAUAUAUAAAUAUAUAUAUAGCGAAGAAGGUGGCUGUUAGAGAGUAGCUUUUGGUGUUUCGUUUGCUGUUUUACGAACAAACGUUGCGCGGUUAGUGAUCGGCGGACCUUUCUGCUAAAUGUUAAAGUGUCCACGAGGAGAUAGGGUGCCGGAAUCCCAUACCUAUGUUUUUAUAUAUUUCGGUGAAGUUACACACCGCUGCUGUUAUCCAUUGUCACGCGCUAUAUAUUAUUAAUCACGUCAGGAUUUUCAUAUGUGGCCGCGUAUACACGAGCGACAAUUGCGUGUAGCGAUGAUCAUCGUCGGGUGUUACGCCCGUUCGUCCCCGCACGGGCAAAAUGCAGAUUUGAACACCUGACAACGCGAUCCACGUUUCUCGUCGCGGAACGACUCACGUUGAUCGCAGGGGUUUAUACGCGAUUUCUCGCUUCACGAAAUUGUGUUCACGGAAGAAGCGAAAUCUAGCCAUAUGAAAACCCUAUCGUUACUGCGAUUAUUAUCAUUAUAUUAUAUUAUAUUAUUAUUAUUAUUAUUACGAUUAUAUUGUCAUUAUUCUUACUAUUACGAAUAUUCUUAUUAUUGCUAAUUAUUAUUACCUAUUAUUAUCGGAGCGCUGUUAAUUGUGUAUCGAUUGCUAAUGAAGCCGACCCCCUUGAGCGGGCCAGUUUCUUCCUCUUUUUAUUUUCUUCUUUUUUCCUUGUUUUUUAAGCAUAUGUUACGACAACGAUCAGUCGAGUUUGCAUAUUUAAUCAACGGCUCUUUCGUUUGCCUCAUCUUUCUCUUCCCGGCCUCGACUUCAGCCAGAUUCUCUCCGUUCCUCUCUGUUCUUUUCGCGUCUACUUAAGCGUCUUUAAGCGCAUUCUCUUUCCUCCUCCUCCUUGGGAGAAGUCUCUCACGUUUUUUCACGUGCUUAAUCGAGCCACUCGGAUCCAGCGUUCAGAAUCAACACGGAGCGUUAAUCUCGCGAAAAACGGCCGAGAAGGGAAAGAGAAAGACAUAAAAAAAAUAAUAUAGAUGAUAACUAUGCGGAUCAAAACGACGAGGGAGAGAGGAAGAGAGAGAGAGAGAGAGAGAGAGAUUCGACGGAAGAUCGACUGGCGCAUUAUUUCAGAAUUUCGAUCAACGGAUCGAUCGGACGUUACUUGAAUUCGCGAUCGAGAAAAAAAUUGGAUCGUGCAAAAUCGGUGAUCAUUGAGCGCAUUUCGUUUCCCUUUCUUUUUCUUCCUCCUGGCGCGCUCUCGUGUGUGCAUGCGUGCGUGAAUGCUAAUACGUGUGCGUGUAUACUGUCGCUCGACAAUCGAAGCGAGCGAGCUACUCUUUAUAAGGCGAGAGAAAUAAUCGAGAAAAUAAGAGAUGCCGAUCGCGAGGACGAUGCGCCGCCGAGCACGACACCGCGAUUUCUCGCAGAGGAAGUUAUGUCGCAGAGAGUUAUACGUGUCCUCGAAUUAUUACAUUAUAUACAGCAGUGUACGUAAAUCAAAGUUUGUUGUUGCAGAGAAACAGUGAGAAUUACUGCGAUUGGCCUUUGUGUAUGUCGUUUGAUUUAUUAAAGAUAACAGUCUGUUGCAAGCUCCGACGUUUGUUCAUCCACCCACAACGCACAGCGCGGGUAUCCUCCUCUCGCGCCUCGCGCGGCGCAUGAGCGAGCAUUAGAAACACUCGAAAUUGAAAAUCCUCCGCGACUCCUCGCGCCGCAACGAUUCAUGCGAUCAUUUCUUUUCACGCCGCGCGAUCACCGUUAAACUUGCGUUCACGUUUGCGAAACGUGAUUCUUCUUCCUUCCGUGGCACGCGGACACUUCUCAGACGCAACGUGACGCGACAUGCAUUCCUCGGUGCAUCGUCCUCGGUGUAGAUAGGGCGUCACACACACUGAAGACGCCGAAGAACGUUUAACAGUGCGUAACUCUUGAGGAUCGCUAUAUCAGCAUAAUAUUAUAAUUGUUAUAUAGAUACUUAUCGGGCCGAGUUUCCGAGGUGUUACGAACUCGAGGGAGAUAUGUCGGGCGCAAAUUCGUACCAAUUGUUUCUUCGGAUAAACGUUUUCCCGCCACAUAGUUUGUAAUACUUCAAUAUUAAACUAUUCAAGAAUACCAGAGCAGUGCGCCGGAGUCGGGGCGAAAGAUCGGUCCAUUGGUACGAGAGUCGCGGACAGGCUUGAAGGAGCGCCGAUCUCGCGUGUCCCAAAUAGUUCGAGAAUUCAAGGAGAGCUCGACGUCCAACGAACCAGGAUCGCACUGAUCGAAGAACCGUAGGAUCUCGGGACUUGUAGAUAUCAAGUAUCUAAGGAACGUCCGAAUGUCCGAGAAUUCAUAAAUCCCGAGAUCUCUAGGAGGUUCCUAGAACCUCCUUCUAGUUCUCUGGAAUACGUUUUCUAAAUUCCAAGAUCUGAAAAUUCACGAAUCCGAGGAUUCUGGUGGAAGUUCACGGAUCCCACACCGCAGGAUCCAGGAAUGAAGAAAUUCGUAGAUCUCAAGAUCCGGGGAUUCCUGAGUUCCGAGGUCCAAGAGGAUUUUGGAAUUCGUGGACCUGAAGAUCCAUGGAUUUUGGAGUUCGCAGGCUCGAAGACCCGUGGAUCCGGGAACGCAAGGAUUCGGGGAUUGCGAGUAUCUCGAAGCGUACCACCGGAAGUCCAAGGAAGUCCAUUUCGAUCUCUUCGGUGCGACGGGAUCGCUCGUCGCGUAGCGCGGACGAACGUGCGAUAAAUGCGACGAACGCGUGCACGCCUUCGGGGAUCAUCAGCCGCGACCUUUCGCCCAUUCGCUGCAAGAUAACGUAGUUAACUAAAGCAAGCCAUUUUACGCGCGCACACGCGUACCAUGUGCGUACACCGCGUGUGAUCGUGUAUAUAUCUAUUGUUGUAAUAAUUGACAAAAAACGGCGCUUACACAGACACGUAGCAGGGGAUAACCGGGAAAUGGGUGGAAAAAGGGAAAAAGAAAAUGAAAAAGAGGCAACACACACUUAACAACCGCGCAGAAAAAUCGCUGUUCAUCUAUCCGACAUUGUGUGUUCGAAACGCAAAGCGUGAGGAGGAGUACGAUGAAGAGCUAUAAAAGAAGUAGAAUACUACACAGACAUAGUAUUACGGCUCUCUCACACGUUCGAACAAAAAAGGAAAAAAAAAAGAUUCAUCGCAUCGAUGUUAAAUGUAACACGUUUUACAAGGUAACAGAGCAUUUCAUUUUA